UCCAGCCUCCCGCGCCCUGCCCUGGCAGCCCGGCCGCGGGCGGGGCUCGGCGGGCGCCGCGGGUGUCUGAGGGAGUUGUGCGAGUGACCGCGUCGGGCUCCGCGGGGGAGCGGAAGGUGGGUGCCCCCGGCGCUGGCACCAGGCUGCGCGGGGAGGCUCCUCGCUCGCCCUCUCUCCUCCUCCCGCCCCUGCAGCGCCCUCGCCUCAGCCCUCCCGCUUGGCGGCCCCUCCACGCCCCUCUGCCAGCCCAGCGCGGUGCCCCGCACGCCGCCGCCACCUCCACCCCUCGGUCCUCCUCUUCCUCCUCCUCCUCCUCCUCCUUCUCCUCCUCCUCCUCCUCCCGCGCUCUCUCUCACGCGCACUCCGCUCCACAAGUGCCGCGCGCUCGCUGCUCCGGAGCGGAGCGGGGCUGGGCUGCGGACCCUGCGCGGGGCUGCGGACCCUGCCCGGCCCGUUCGGGGCUGUCCGUGGUGCUGGAGGCGAGCGCGGGCUGAGCGGACGCCCGGCUCCUGACGGAGCCCCUUUAUGUUCAGCUCCUGGCGCAGCGCAGCAUCCAGCAGCUCGAGCGGCGGCGGCAGCAGCAUCGCUGAGCCGGGGCUGGGAGGCAGAAUGGAAGGCUUUAUUCGGCUGCUCUUCGGCUACUUGGUGGCGGACCUUCUCACGCUGGUGUGUCGGGCUCAGGAGAAAGCUGGCCAGCAGCUGGGGAGCUUUGUGGUGCUCUCGGGAGGAAACCACUCCAGCCUCGGGGAGCAGAUAGACCCCUCCGAGCCACCUCCCACCCCAGACUUCUGCAGGGGCUACUUUGACGUGAUGGGGCAGUGGGACCCCCCCUUUAACUGCAGCUCGGGGGAGUUCAUCUUCUGCUGUGGCACUUGUGGCUUCAGGUUUUGCUGCAAGUUCAAGAAGACAAGGCUGGAUCAAAGCACCUGCACAAACUAUGAGACGCCGUUGUGGAUGAACACUGGGAAGCCUCCUUCCCGCAUAGACGACCCUCUGCAUGACCCUACCCGGGAUAAAACCAACCUUAUUGUCUACAUCAUCUGUGGGGUUGUAGCAGUCAUGGUGCUGGUGGGGAUCUUCACCAAACUAGGGCUGGAGAAGGCACACAGACCCCAGCGGGAGCACAUGUCCAGGGCUCUUGCUGAUGUUAUGCGACCUCAAGGUCCUUGUACAACAGAUCAUAUGGAAAGAGAUCUAAACAUUGUAGUACAUGUGCAGCAUUAUGAAAACAUGGAGACGAGACCUCCUCCAAAUAACUUACAUCCACCACAGAUGAAUAAUGUCAUGCCAACAUCUCCCCUCCUUCCUCAGAUGGCACAUCAACAUUCAUAUCCCAGCCUGGGACAGAUCACAAACCCAUAUGAGCAGCAGCCCCCAGGCAAAGAACUGAACAAGUACGCGUCUCUGAAGGCAGUCGCUGACAAAGUCAACGAUGACUUCUACACCAAGCGCCGACACCUGGCCGAGCUGGCAGCCAAGGGGAGCCUGCCCCUCCACCCGGUGCGCCUGGACGAGGAGAGGGCCUACACCAUCGACAGCGGGCUCACCAGGCAGAACGGGAAAUCCAGGAUGGGCAAGAUACACACACACCCCCUGGGCUACAACUCCCACUACAAGACCUGGGAUCCCAACGACCCGUCCCUGAGGCGGCAAGCGUUCACAAACAAGGGCAAGCACGGCAUGGGAGACCCAACGCUAAGUGACCCACUGACCACCCGGAGCCAGCACUACUUGGGCCCACAGCCAUACUUCAUAACCAACAGCAAGACAGAAGUAACUGUUUGAGUUUGUUUUCUUUCUCAUUUUUUUUUUCUUUUCUAAUGAAAUCCUUUAAAAACCACACGCAAAUGUAUACACAACACAAACACUCAACCAAAAGGCAAAAAAAAAAAAGAAGAAAUUAAACAACAAAGAAAGAGGAAACAGAAGGAAGGAACUUCCACCUGGACAGUCUUGGUAUCCAGCCAGCUGUAGGCCGAAGAGUGGGUUAAUACCAUUCAGCAAUACACACUGAAGGUUGAAUUAUAAACUCCAUUUAUAUUUCACAAAGGAACACAAACCCUUGUGACUAAAUUUUUUUUACUUGAAACUAAAAUCCAUGAUGAGAAGUAGCACAAUCUAGAGAAACUUUAUGUCUGCUUAAACAUUUACACUAUGUUCCUGCCUUGAGACAGAGGAAGACAGAGAGAACAAUAUACUGUAACAUAUUAUUUCAGAGAGGAAUUUUGUAUAAAACCUAUUAAUAAUCACUAGACCUGUGAAAAACCGAGAGCUACCAUCUUGGUACGAUCCCUAACAUCUACUAUUGUACUUUCACACCAUCCUAUAGAGAACGCAAAAAAUAUAUAUACAAUAAGGGACAAAGACACUUUCACAAGGAAUUUAUAAAGACUGUUAUGAUUAAGAACAUAUGGGACCUUUCUGGCUGGUAGAGAAUUCAGCAGGAUGAUAACAGCAGAAGAUUUCAUUUCAGUUUACUUCAUUUGAUUUGAAAUUUUUGGGAACCUCCAAAAUAAGAAGAGACACUUCAUAUGACACAGAAAGCUGCUGGGGGAAAAAGGGCAUCAGAAUAUUCCCUCUCAGUCCUCCUGUUUUCAGGCAGAUGGUAACUAUUCUCACUUUGCAGACUGUCAGGAUUUUUUCUUCACCUAAAUGUUUUGCCUAUCUUCAACUGCUUCAGACUGAAAUUAAGCGUGGGUGGUGCCUUUACUGUAUUACUAUUGUUCAAUGACAGUCUUGUUCUUCAAAGUGACCCCUCUGUUCCUUUAAGCUAUUUCCUCAUGUUUUGCUAAGGAUGACAAGGGUUCUGCCCUGCUCAGCCUCCUCUGUUUGUUCUGAAAGGAAACUGGACUACAUCUCCAUGCAGUGGUUGCACAGUCAGAACUAUUUAGUUAGCCCCUUCAUUUUCCCAAUUUCAACUUUUCCCCUCUAGUCUCUCAUUUUGUAUUUGCUUUUAGCCAUGGUAGUUCUCUGUAGUUCAAGUAAAUGUUAUCUGGUAUAUUGUCUCUAUCGUUUGGCUUUCUCUAGUGGUGUUCCCUCUUGGUGGGCUGUGUGGUGGAAUAGGCUGGUCCAGCCUCAAA